AACUACUCUUUCUUUUUUUUCUCUUUUCUUUUCUCUCCUUCCAAACACUUCUCCUUCACAUUUCUCUCACACUCCAACGUAAUAUUCCCUCAUAUACAUAUAUAUAUAUAUAUAUUUAUAUCUACACACGUCUAGAUAUCUACAUCCCUCUUACCCUACAUCGGUUUAUAUAUAUAUAUAUAUAUUUGCACAGAUCUCACCAUCUGUCUUCCUCUCUGUGUCUCGUUUCCUCACCGACUCAAUUUUAAGCUAAUUAAGAAUCACGAGAGAAAAUCAGAGGGAGAAGAAAAACCGGAUUGAAGAUCCAAAUAAAUGGGUUCGAUUCCACCUGAACUGAGUUUGGAUUUUAGGCCGUCGUCGUUUGUACCUAAAACGAUCAGUGAUUUCCUCAAGGAGGUUUCCAGGAUCGGGAGCGUCUCUGAGAAAGUGUCGAAGCUUGAUGGUUUUGUCAAGGGACUUGAGGAGGAGAUGCGGAAGAUCGACGCCUUCAAACGCGAGCUUCCCCUAUGCAUGCUUCUCUUGAAGGAUGCGAUUAUAGCUUUGAAGGAGGAAUCAAUGCGUUACGCGGCGAAAAAUGCUCUACCAGUUUUGGAAGAGUUCAUUCCAUUAAAGAAGCGAGACCGCGAUGAAGAAGACGAAGAAGAUAGAGCAGCUGCGAGAAAGAAGGAGGACUGUAGAGAUAAGAAAAACUGGAUGAGCUCUGUUCAGUUAUGGAACAGUGAGGAUCUCCCCUCUAGUACUGUUAACCACCGAAGCUUUGAUCCAAAACAAAAUCACAAACUAGAAACCAAGAAAAAGGAUGGACAGAACCAGUGUGCAAAUGUGGAUCUAUUAUUCCAGACUGCUAGAAACAGGGCUAGUGCCAGGACGAUUAUGCCAUUUAAAGGAUUCUCUGGUUUUCCGGGGAGGAAGGAGGAUAAGGAGGAAUUACCUGUACAAGGAUUAUCUCUCUCAACUCCUGGGAUUAAGAGUUUGAGGGAUGAACUCAAUUCGGGAUCGAGGACUAGUUGUAGCCAGGCAGUUUCUUCCUCCGCCACAAUUUCUCAGUCUAAUUUCCGGUCAGGACCCCAGCCACCACAUCAACAGACUUCUAGGAAGCAGAGAAGGUGCUGGUCUCCAGAGUUGCAUCGCAGAUUUGUCAAUGCUUUGCAACAACUUGGAGGUUCUCAAGUGGCGACCCCAAAGCAGAUUAGAGAACUUAUGCAAGUGGAUGGCUUGACAAACGACGAAGUGAAGAGUCAUUUGCAAAAAUACCGGCUGCAUACACGAAGAGUUCCACCAACCAAUGCCACCUCCACUACGAAUUCAUCAGCCAUGAUGUUGGGAGGUUUGUGGGUGUCUCAAGAUCAGUACGUUGACUCCUCGAAGCCCAGCAAUUCCCAGUCUGGCUCUCCUCAAGGGCCUCUCCAGCUGACAUACACUGGAGGGACCUCAACUACUGGAGGCGAUAGCAUGGAAGACGACGGAGAUGCAAAAUCCGAGAGCUAUAGCUGGAAAGGCCACAUUCAUAAACCAGGAAAAGAUGAUGUAUAAAAGUGUAUCCACCAUGAAAUUUUUGCAGAUACAAGUAUACAUGGGAUGAGUUUGUUAGACUACUGAUUACAAAUAAUGUAUAAAUACAUAUAACUGAGAAGGAUUUUUCAGAUUUUGAGAGCACGGGAGACAGGGACCGAAGAGACAGAGACUUGAGACAGAGGAUGUGAAAUUUUGCAGAGAUUAGUUUUCCUUCUGUAUGGACAUGCAAGAGUUUUGUUUUCCCUCCGGAAAUGAUAUAAGAAAUCUAAGCAGAACCCAUGUUUCCAUGGACAAAACACGAGCUUUCUCUGGUA